GCAAAAUCAAAAUGGCUGAUAAAACAGUAUAACAAAAUGAGUCGGAAAACGAAGGAGAAGCCCAAGGAAAGGGAUUUCGAGGAUGUUUACAGCUUAGGACAAGUGAUCGGGAGAGGAGCCUAUUCUACUGUAUAUAAAUGUGAGCAAAAAGGAACUGGGAUAUUUUGGGCAGUGAAGGUUAUAGAUAAAAAGAAACAUAAACACUUGAUAUCGACUGAAGUGGGCAUUUUGUUAAAAUUGAAACAUCCAAAUAUCGUUCGUUUUAAAGAGGCGUUGCAGACGCCCACGCGAGCUUACUUGGUGCUAGAAUAUGUUACAGGCGAGGAACUGUUCGAAAGAAUUACCAAAAAAGGACAUUAUUCGGAGAAGGAUGCUGCCAAGGCGGUCAAAGACAUUUGUAGUGCGGUCGACUAUUUACAUCGAAAUGGAAUCGUUCACAGAGACCUGAAACCCGAAAAUAUGCUCUACGAAAACCCAACCGAAGGUGCUCAUUUAAAAAUUACUGACUUUGGGUUAUCGAAAAUUCUCGGCAAUGAUCUCACAAUGUCGACUGUUUGUGGAACGCCAAUGUAUUGUGCCCCGGAAGUGCUCGAAGGGAAAAUUUAUACACAGUCCGUUGACCUUUGGAGCAUCGGUGUUAUCACUUAUAUUUUACUCUCAGGAUACGAGCCCUUUAUUGCAGAGAACGACGCAGAAAUAUAUAAGAAAAUUAUAAAGUGCGAGUAUGAGUUCGAUUCACCGUACUGGGACUCGAUCAGCCAGAACGCUAAGGAUCUCAUCAGACGACUCCUGUCACGUGAUCCCAAGAAGCGAUUAUCAGUAACAGCUGCUCUUCAACAUCAUUGGGUUCGAGGAACAGCGAAUAAAAACGUUCACAUGGAGGCAUGCGUUGAACAUAUCAAAGAUUUCAACGCCAAACGAAAACUAAAGAAGGCUACGGAAACUGUUUUGGCCGUAGCCAAGGCAACGCGACACAUACCUCUUGACUUUAUGAAAAUGGUAAAUAUUGGUGAUGCAGAAACCAGUCCAGAACCAAAAACGUAGACCCCGAAAAGUUAGAUGAAAUGAAUGGGAGUUUUAGAGCUUGGGUGAAGAACAACUCUCAGGUGGCAAUUUUUGUUGUGUUUUAAAUCAAAUGUCUCAUAAAUUAGAAUUCUAUUCAUAUCCAACGACCAAAACAGUUUUUGUAUGACUUUAAAGGAAAAUGCGACAAACCUAGCAUUGUAGCAAUGCCAUGACGAGCAGUAAAAUAACAAUAAUUGACAGGACAAGUGUGACGCAACAAACAGGAAUACGACGGACGUGACGCGACAAACAGGGACAUGACGUGAAUGACGCGACAAACAGGGAUAUGACCAGUGUGACACAACAAUCAGGGACAUGACGAGCGUGAUGCAACAAACAGGGACAUGACGAGCGUGACGCGACAAACAGGGACACGACGAUCGUGACGCGCCAAACAUGGACAAGACAAGCGUGACGCGACUUACAGGGACAUGGCGAGCAGUACCAUGACGUGAAUUAGAAUUUCACUGAAUGAAAGAAGCCAUUUAUAUAAUUUUUAUUUUUUAACUUUUAUUGUUAUUGGUUAAAUUUUUGAAAGUAUUUUGAUGUUUUUUUAUUAUUAUUUUUUACGGUUUGAUAGAAUAAUAAAGAAUUUUGAAUUGAAAUGUU